AUGGAUUUUUGUUUUGCUCCCAGGAAUUGUUGUUUAUAUCUCACCAUCAUCUUCCUUUCACUGUUCUCGCCGCUCUCCGAGUGCAACCAGUUUUGUGAUGCUGGGAUUGCAUAUGGCGAGUCGGCAUGUGGUGCUGUUCCAGCUUACCCUUCAAAGAUUUUGAUAAAGGGAGGUACUGUUGUGAAUGCCCAUCAUCAAGAAAUCGCCGAUGUGUACAUAGAAGAUGGAAUAAUCGUCGCAGUACAGAACAAUAUUGUGGUUGGAGAUGAUGUUAAAAUUAUUGACGCCACUGGGAAGUAUGUCAUGCCAGGUAUAUUUCCGUAUUCAGUUCUGAAUAUGAAACUACUUUUCAUGGGCACCGAAACUAUUGACGAUUUUUUCAGCGGGCAGGCUGCUGCAUUGGCUGGUGGGACCACAAUGCAUAUCGAUUUUGUUAUUCCAGUGAAUGGGAGUUUGUCAGCAGGCCUGGAGUCUUAUGUGAAAAAGGCAGAAAGAUCGAUCACCGAUUAUGGUUUCCACAUGGCAAUAACUAAAUGGGACGAAACCGUUUCAAGAGAAAUGGAAGUUAUGGUCAAGGACAAAGGGAUUAAUUCCUUCAAAUUUUUCUUGGCCUAUAAGGGUUCGCUAAUGAUCAAUGACGACCUUCUGAUCGAGGGGUUCAAGAAAUGCAAAUCUCUUGGUGCUUUGGCCAUGGUUCACGCAGAGAAUGGAGAUGCAGUAUUUGAAGGGCAAAAGAGAAUGAUUGAACUUGGCAUUGUGGGUCCUGAGGGUCAUGCUCUUUCAAGGCCACCAGUGCUAGAGGGUGAGGCCACUGGUCGAGCUAUACGUUUGGCAGGUUUCGUGAACACUCCUCUGUAUGUUGUCCAUGUCAUGAGCAUUGAUGCGAUGGAAGAAAUAGCUAAAGCUCGAAAAUCAGGUCAGAAGGUUAUUGGAGAGCCUGUGGUUUCAGGUUUAAUUUUGGAUGAUACAGUCCUCUGGGAUCCCGACUUUCAGAUAGCAGCAAAGUUUGUCAUGAGUCCACCUAUUAGGGCACCUGGACAUGGUAAGGCUCUUCAAGCGGCUCUCUCAACCGGGAUUCUACAGCUAGUAGGAACGGACCACUGCACUUUCAAUUCAACACAAAAGGAAAUGGGAAUUGAUGAUUUUCGGAAAAUUCCAAAUGGUGUAAAUGGUCUCGAGGAGAGAAUGCACUUGGUUUGGGACACGAUGGUGGUGUCUGGACAAAUAUCUGUUGCUGAUUAUGUUAGGGUGACUAGCACCGAGUG